CACUGCCAGGGUUCGUGUGCUCGGGUGGUUCGGCUUUUCGUCCUGCGGGAACGACGGAACAUCAACAUCGUGUGUGUGCAUAAUCCAGAGGGUGUGACCAAAUCGAACGACACCGAAUUUUCAUACUUUGCCCAGUCUUCGGAAUGUGAAGGUCCUUGUUCGUGUGUUGUAUUGACUCCUUUACUAAAUUGCAAAAACAAUAAAUUAAGCUCAACCGAAAACUUGAAAUUGAAAACCUAAACAAACAAAGGAAGCCAACACAAACUGUUUUAAUUGAGAUGCAAAAACAAAACGAAUGAUUGUGACGACGAGGUCAAAGUUUAUCAACUAAAGUGUGCUGCAAAAAUGCACAGCAAUUUAGAUUUGGUGUCAAGAGCUUAGGAAACUUAGGCCCGUGAGCACGUAGCAGGAAGACGCACAGCUGUGGCGAGGGAAGGAAAAUCCACCAGGAACAACAAAGGAUAAUAAAGUCGAGACAUACAACACGGUCCAGGGCACAGACGACGGACGGCGAAGAAACUAGGAGAGGAUGGGUGACUAUCACGAGUUCACGGACCAGUACAAGGUGCCGGUGAUAGCGAAGCUACUCCAUGCCCUGCCCCACUACAACAUCACGUUCCACAAGAUCAACAGCACGUUCCGGCCCAACGAUGAGAUCUACCUGGAGAGUUUGGGCAUUUUGGGUUCGGUUCCGGCCGCCCUGCUUAUUGUGUCGCUGCUGGGACUGCUUUUCUAUCUGAUGACCCGCUGCUGCGACCGGAAACCGCGACCAGCUCACUCGAUCACCAGCCUGAAGGUGGCUCUCUCCAUAGUCACGGUUAUGUGCUGUGCGGCCAUCGGAUUAGGAUUGUAUGGCAAUGAUGAUCUGCACAACGGACUGCUGGAGGUACUUACUGCGGGCAGAAAGGUGGACAAUUUGGUGACCACCAUACGGAAUCAAACGCACAUCCUGGAGAACACCCUGACGAACCGUAUUCGCCCGCAGCUGGUAGAGCUGGCAGACAUCUUUGACCAACCAGUGUCCAAUCAGACGGCGCUCUCCAAGCUCUUUGUUUCGCUCAACAUUGUCCAGGGAAAUGUUACCUUGGCCACGAACGCGGCCAGUGAUAUUCGACGACCCCUAAUGGGCAUCUCCAUGACACACUUCCUGACGCGCGGUGACCAAUGGGAGCUGAUACGCUGGCCAGGCACGGUGGCCACUCUGGCGCUUCUUCUUGUCCUAUGUGCCGUUCUCCUAGUGGGCGUUGCCCGGCACUCACGCUGCGCCCUGAUCCUGUUCAGCGUCUGCGGUUUGCUGGCCGUAACUGGUUCCUGGCUGAUGUCCGGCUUAUAUCUGUCCUCUUCGGUGGCUGUCGGCGAUCUGUGCAUCUCCCCUGCGGAUUUUCUGGUGUCCACCGCUCCCCGGGAUUUGCCCACCAAUGUGCUGCUCCACUAUACCCAAUGCGAGCCGGGUCACACGAAUCCUUUCACGCAGCGACUGAGGGAAUCACAGAACUCGCUGAACAACGCCCGGAGCGCCAUGGCAACCGUGAUGAAGAUCUCCCUGGUGCUGUUCAAGUCCUCCGGGCUGCAGCCAAAAUUGGGGGCUGUAAAUGCGGAUCUGAAUAGCAGCGAGAGACUGCUGACCCAGUUGACGGCCCUCGUGGAUUGCAAGGCGGUGCACCACAACUUUUUAGCCGCCGCCCGAGGGCUGUGCGAGGGCGGAUUGCUGGGACUGGUGCUGAUGCUUAUAGCCAGCUUCAUAGCCGCCAUACUGCUGACCAUUAUGGUGUGGGUGGACUCGCACACUUGGAUCUAUAUCCGGAAGCGGAAUGACUAUGCCCAGGUGGACGAGCCAUCGUACAUAUCGCAUCCGGCACCGCAGAAUCACCAGCAGAUGAUGAAUGCCGCUAGGACGCUGCCCCGCAACCACAAUGGGCACUUCAGUCCGCCGGUCAUCAGCGGCUCGCACACGCUGCAGCAUCCCAGCAAGCGGCAGCAGCACGAGAUGAUGGCCCACGCCCACAUCCAGCAAAACAUGCGCGCCAUGGGCACCCACACGCUGGGCCGGCUGCCCUCGCACAACCACAGCCCCACCCACAUGACUGGUCCCAAUAAUGCAGGAGCAGCAGCCAACGUCGCCGCCAAUCUUCCGCCGACGACGCAGGCCGCCCAACAGCAGCAGCAGCAACAACAGCAGCAACAGCAACAGCAGGCGCAGCAGCAGCAGCAGCAGCAACAGCAGAUGGGAGGUCCCCAGCCGAUAUAUUGCCACCAUCCGCACCAGCAUCCGCAUCCACACCCGCAUCCCCACCAGCAUCCGCAUUCGCACUCGGCCGCCGCCGUAGCCGCUGCAGUGCAACAUCAGCAUGCGAUCUACCACCAGCAGCAGGCGCAGGCGCAGCAGUAUGGCACGUACACAACGGCGGCCCACCAUGCGCCACACCAUUUGGGAUCGGGUCAGAGCCAGAUCUACCAGCAGAUACCGGCUCACCUGGCCCCGCAACUGGCGGCCAAUGGGAAUCCGCACUCCAUUUACCAGCCCCUAGUUGCCGUUAGCCAGGGCUCCAUUUAUGUUUCGAACUUGGCCACAAUGCGAAGACAGAAUAGCCAGGGCGGUCCCCAGAUUCCGGCGCACCAGCACCCGCCGAUUCUACAGCAGCAGCAGCAGCAACAGCCACCGCCUCCGUCGCAGCAGCAGCAGCAGCUGCAUCAGUUGAAGUCACCUCAGCAACACCAACAGCAGCUCCAGCACCACCAGCAGCAACAGCAUCACCAACAACAGCAGCAGCACCACCAUCAGCAGCAACCGCAACCGGAAUCGGAUGUCAUUCCCAUUAGCACGGCAAUGGAUAGCGCCAUUUAUGAUCGCGACAAGCAGAUCUACAAGUGCUCCACCCUCAGGCAGGGCGGCAAAUUCGAUCCCAAGUACAAGCCCUCGAUCCUGAACUGCCCCCUGCCCGAGAUCCCCAAGGAUGCGGAGCAGCCCAAGGUGGAGUCCAUCUAUCAGCAGCAACAGGCCCAGCACCAGAAUUACUCCAAAACCCUGCAGCGUCCGCCAAUGAAGCUGCCGCCGCAGAUGAAGGCGAUUCCGCCGCCACGCAUUGGUACGCCCACUUCCCCGCCGCCGCCCGCCACCCAGCCGCUGAACGAUGCCAUCGGAAUAGUGCCGGCUGGCCUUCAGAAUGGAGGAGGAGGAGGAGGCCAAGGCGGAGCAGGAGGUGCCGGAAAUACUGCCAAUGAGGACACUUCGCUGCCACCGCCGCCUCUGGAGGCGCAGGCGGAUGCGGUCAAAGGUCGAAUGGGACCGGGGGCGGCCAAUGGCAAGAUCCUGCACAACGGAGCCGGUGGAGGAGGCGGAGGAGGCGUGACCAGCAGCGGUGGAGCGGUGGACGACGAUGAUGAUCUACCGCCGCCGCCGCCAGCGAUAACCGACGAGAGCAACUAUGCGGUCACGGAGCUGUAAGAUGGCACCAGCAAGCUGUAAGGAUAUUCCGCAGGAAUUGGUCGAACCUGACGGACCUGGGUUUGGAGAUGUAGAUGGAGUCUUCCUAGAAUUCUCGUGUAUGAUAGGCAAUGGACUUGGGCCUUGUUGGGAUGGCGGCGAGUGUUCCUUCUCGAUUUGUUGCAUUUUGCGUAUCGUAUCGUAUCGUACCGUAUCGUAAUCGUAUCCUAGAUCCGGAAUCCUGCUCUUCGACUUUUGUACAUAAUACAAACCUAUAUCUGGGACUCUUCGAGGAUAUAGUGAAGCACACACACACACAGCCACAGACGACGCAGACCGACGGACGUGACUCGUGUACCAUAUAUUAUACAUGUAUCAGCGAUCUAUUUACUUAUAAAACAUUAUACAUAUAUACUUAUAUCCAUUUAGGACACGGUUAUUCCUUUUUGAUAAUAGCAUAUUUGUACCACUUUUAAAGCUAAACAAAAAGAAAUUGUCAAAACGAAACAAUUUUUUUUUUAAUUACCAAAAAUAUUACUUAUAUAUAUUAUUAUAUACGUAUAUAUAGGUAUUUAAAAUUGUGUAUCCCCUGCAACCAACUGGAAAUCGAAACGAAAUGGAACUUGAACCUACAACUAACCAACCACCAAAGCGGAAAUUCGUGUUUAGGAUGGAUCGUAGCCCAUAAGUUAUAGAAUGUAGUAGAAAAACGUUAGAGAAGAAUUUUUAAGACACAUUUUUCGAGAGUCAAUUUUUUUAUAUAGACAACAACGGGCAACUGAAUGGCCGUGUGCAGAUGGGGCGUGGCAUGGUCUUAGUUCAACAAUUGUUUUAAUAUUCAACUUGGAACCAAACACAAUAUUGUAGCUAAAAACAUGUAGAUAUUGACAACUCUUUUUUACACUCACUUUUAAUUCCUUCUCCUGCCUAAAGUUAUUUCUUAUGGUUUAAGUUCCUGACUGAUUGCAACUGCAUAUAAAUCCUUAAAAGUGCAGGUUUCCUUGCUUUAUUUUGUAAGAAAAUCAAAAAGAACCGACCUCCCGCAUUAGUUAAUGAUUACUUGCAAAAAAAAAAAUUAUAUAUAUAUAUGUUAAUAAAGAACUGCUAUCAUUAAGUUCCUCAUAUACUCUACUUGGGCACGUUGCCACACUACCCCGGAUCGACGGCCAUUCAGAUUGGAUCCAACCCGUUUAGUGCUCGACUCUGUCCUGGGUCUGGGUUGUGCUGCGGACGAUCUGAAAUCCAAAUAUACAUAUAGGGAUCGUCCGGGACUGGCGGGCUCAAUCGAUUGACCAAUUCGAUUUGACCAUUCGAUUUGAGCCUGCAUCUUAUUGUUUAUCUAAAACCUAAGCUUAACAUGGAAUGCAUUUAUUUAACACUAACAUAAGCAAACGACGAGAGACGAUUAGAGUGCUAACUGUAUAUUUAGUAGCUAAACGAAAGCAACCCUGCAGUACCAGAAUUCCUUAAGGAAAACUUUUCCCGUGUAGCUACUGUCGAGUUUUUCACAAAGUUGUUCCUGGCGAAAUCCCUAUGAAUUCCGGCUGAACUUAUUUCAAAAUUCCGUUCAGCUUUCGAAAUUAGGAAUGUUCUGAAGGAAUUCCUGAAGAAUUCCUAGGGAACUUCCUAGAGAACUCCGCAGGAAAUACCUAAGGAAUUCCUCAGGAACUUUGAAUUCCUGAUUUUAUAGUCUUGCUCUGAACAAAUUCCUUCCGAAAAUCCUCGGGAACUCCUUCCGAAAUGGCUUAAAUUCCUGAGGUUUGGUACUGAAGGGAAGGCAUAGGCAUAUAUAGCAUAAAACCGAAAUAACCGAAUAUACCGACUUGGCAUAUGGAACCGAGAGCAAUAUGGAAACUAAGCAACACAAAAGUACUGCCCCCAAAAAUAGUAAACACAACCGACAAAAAUGGGAACCGACAACUACAAAAGUUAUAUAUAGAGGUAUACACGACGCGAUAUACAUAUAUACACAUAGUUAUAUACAAGGUAUUGAAUAAUAGUUAUAUACAAGAUACAUAAACCUAUUGAAAAAACUAUAUAUAUAUAUUUAUAUAUAUAUACUGCUGCAAAACACCAAGGAAAACAAUUGAAAGAUUCAAAAACCAUGCAUUUUUAGAGAAAUUUCGAAUGACAACGGAAAUGUAAGCCAGAGGCCAAUUUUGGAUGAGAGAGAGUUAGAGAUAGAAACAGACACGAUGUAGAAGGCCAAUCAACUAAUUAAAAUCCGAGCACUGCCCAACCGACAGCGAAAGUUCUCAACAUUUACCAAAUUUAGCUAUAUAAAGGAAACGAAACCCGAAACUAGAUCGUGCCAAAGGCAAUAAAACAAUAAGAUGCGUAACGCGCAUACGUUUGAGCUGCCAAAUGCAAGCAAUGUUGCUUCAAGCGUUCAAAAUCUAUAAAUAUAAUAGGCAGCCUAGAACUAGAAUCCUUUUAAAUACGUGUGGAGUUACGCAUCUUUUUAUUAUUUUGUCUUUGAUGGUACUAUCUCCCCAAAUACGACGCACAUUGAAAUGAUCAAUUGUAAGAUAUAAAAUAACAAUCGAGUACUCAAAUCGAAAUAACUCAAUAAUCGUAGAGCGUAAAAAGACGGGACAUUUUUAAAACAAGUAAAUAUGUAUAGAUCGUGUAAAGAGACAAACCGAACAAACUAAUCAAGUUUUUUAUUCGCUUAUAUUAAUUAAUUACAAGUUAUACAAUAAAAACUGAAAAACAAAAAAAUAUUAAAAUCCUCCUCAAGGGGUUGAGAAUCCUUUAAGGAUUAAUAGCACAUGAACAACACGCUCCCUUCCUAAGUAAAUCAGUAUAAAAACGAAGAAAAUUGCAUUGGAAAAUCCAAACACAAAAUACCCCAUUAGGAGAUGAAUUUUGGGUCACGAAAGAUUCGAGCCUAGAUCGAAGCUCUCUAUUUAUACAAAUAAAUAAUAAAAAAUACAUCAUAAAUAUAACACAAUUAGUUCGUAAAUAUAUUUCUGUGUUAAAUGUUGUCAUCGUACGCGUUGUAGUUAUUACAAAAACAAAAACCACAAAAAAAUAACAAAACAGAAGAUUACAAAAGUUAAUACACAAAGAAAUCCAAAAAACAAAAAAAAAAAAACAAGAUGGUGGAAUCGAAAUUUGCAACAUUUUUUUCGAAAAGCUCAACGGCUGCAGCAAUAAUGCAAGAUAAGAAUGAGUUGUACAACAUAUACAUAUAUAUAAAUAUAUAGUAUAUAUAUGCAUACCGAUAUAGUUAAAGAAAAUGUAAAGAAGAGAGGCGAACAAUCGAAGCGCUUAGUGGCAUAUUGAAAACAAGUAAAGGUAGAAAAACAACAACAGAAAUGAAUUCUAAAACAAAACAAAUAUUAAUAAACAAAAAAAAAUAUUUAAAAAAAAAAACAACAAAAAAUGUAAGAACAGUUUAAACAAAAAACCUUGUAAGAAAAACAAAAAAAAAACACAGAAAUGUACUAAAUAAGUGAGUGUGCGCGUUCCAGAAACCUUGAACCCCUUUGGCCCAACUCUAUUUGGCGGGAAUUUCGGUUCCGAUACUGGAGGGAAGAAAUAUAUUUCUGGAAUGCAAGAAUAUUUUAUGCGCAUAAUAUAAAACGGAAAUGAAAACGAUAAAGAAAGAAGUGCAACAUAACGAAUUGGGGAAGUUUCUUUCAAAAGCAAAAGGCGGCAAAGUAAAACGCUAAAGAUCCCAACAAAAUAUUAAAUAAAAAUAAAAUAAAACUAUAAAAA